CAACGACGUAUCAGCGACCCUUUUGCUUUUCUUGUCUUUUUUUUCUUCCUUUCCAAGUUCCGCCAUUUUCAAAAGCUCCCUUCCCGGGCAAAAGCAUCAGAUUCCGAACUAGUUCCUGAACACCCUCUUUUUAUUGCUCUCAACGUAAACUCCAUGGUCACUAUCUUUCAGUUGCAGAGUCGAUUAGAGAAGAGGUGCAGAAAACAGAGGGUCGGGAAAAUGGACAAUUCGUCGUCGAGCUACGACGAGAGCUACGAUCUGGGCUACCAGCCGUCGCCGUCUUCGUUCGAUCAAACGACGCCGACGUUGAGCCGGGAUUCCCUCAUGUUCGGCCGUACUUUCUCCGAAACGUCGGCUUUCUCUGACAUCAGUGCGAGUUAUUGCUCCAGCGAGCCUUCCCCUGCUCACUGGAUGCACGAAGCCAGACCCAGAUCGCUUAAUCAGAACAGAGCUCUGCUGGCCAAGCAGGACAUGAAGUCGCAAGCUGAGAAGCUCAGCGUUGGUGAUGAUGGUGACGACGACGAUGUUGAAUCCAUUGAUUUAGAUGAAACAGAGCUUGAGAUUAUGAGAGAGAGAUUUUCAAAGCUUCUGCUGGGAGAAGACAUGUCAGGUGGUGGGAAAGGUGUCUGCACCGCUGUCACCAUCUCCAAUUCCAUUACCAAUCUCUACGCAACUGUGUUCGGCCAAAAUCUGAGGCUGGAGCCUCUGAAACCGGAGAAGAAGGCGAUGUGGAAGAGAGAAAUGGACUGCCUUUUAUCUGUAUGUGAUUACAUAGUGGAGUUCAUCCCUAAAUCUCAAAACUUGCGAGAUGGAACUGCUCUGGAGGUGAUGGAAAGCAGAGUGAGAUCGGACAUUUACAUGAAUCUUCCCGCGCUGAGAAAGCUGGACGCAAUGCUCCUCGAAAUACUGGACAGUUUCGGAGAAGCAGAGUUCUGGUAUGCAGAGCAAGGAAGCAUGUCAUCGAACUCGACCCGAUCCGGUUCGUUCAGGAGAGUGGUGAUCCACAGGACGGAAGAGAAAUGGUGGGUUCCAGUGCCCUGCGUGCCUCCAGGAGGAAUCUCUGAGAAGGCGAGGAAGCAUUUGAGGCAUAAGCGUGACUGCGCCAACCAGAUCCACAAAGCAGCCAUGGCCAUCAACACCAGUGUUCUCACUGAGAUGGAAAUCCCUGAUUCUUACUUGGCAUCUCUUCCCAAGAGUGGGAAAUCGAGCCUAGGGGACUCCAUUUACAAGUACAUAUGCACGAUGGACAAGUUCUCGCCAGAGAGGCUGCUGAACUGCCUCAACAUAGCAUCGGAGCACGAAGCACUGGAGCUCGCGGACAGAGUCGAGGCUUCGAUGUACACGUGGCGGCGUAAAGCGUGCUUGAGCAAUUCGAGGUCGUCGUGGGGGGACCUGAUGAAGGAUUUGGUGUCCGAGAUAGACAGGACGGAUAAGAACCAUGUGUUGGCAGAGAGAGCAGAGAGCUUGUUGUUCUCACUCAAGCAGAGGUACCCUGGCUUGUCUCAGACAUCCUUGGAUAUAUGCAAGAUCCAGUGCAACAGGGACGUAGGUCAGGCGAUACUGGAGAGCUAUUCGAGGGUGUUGGAAGGUCUAGCAUUCAACAUUGUUGCCUGGAUCGAGGACGUUCUUUUCGUAGAUAAAUCGGUUAAGAACUAAGAUUAGCAACCCUAAUCCUAAAAACUUGUUACUUGUACUAUCCUUUCCUUUCUUGGCAACUGUCGAUGCUUGAACCAAACACUUUGUAAGGGAGAAAGAAAGCUCCCACCUUUCCCUGUAGGACGCUGGUUUUGCUUCUAGCAAAACACCAGAGAG